AUGCGGGCGAGCCAAAUGAUUCUGGGAAUGAAAACUGUGCCCAUAUGUAUUCGAAGGGCGCAGGGAAAGGAAAAUGGAAUGACACCAAAUGUAACACCCGCUAUGGAUACAUUUGCCAAUUUAAAGCACACAGAUGUGAGUGUUUAAGUACCUAGACGCUCUAUUAAGCGUUAUAACCGCUGGGGCUAUCGCAUAAGCGAUGUUCUGAAAAAAAUGUGAUCGUGCAUGUACGUGAUUGAGAUUAAGGUUGCUGCCUUUUGAUUGUUUAUGUCUCUAUAUGAAGUUGUUUGUUGGUGCGAGACUUAACAUGGGAGUUUUGUCAGAAAUGGGAUUGAAAAAGAGAAUCAGUACGAGGUCCAUAACAAAAAUUAAAUGCAUUGGAUAUUGGCAAAUAAUGGCAGGAAAUAAUAAGUAUAUUAGCAUAAUUAAUUAUCAAAGUCCAUCAAAUCAGAUGUUACUUUUACUAUAAAUGUCCAAAAAGUUCAGAAAAUGUACCCUAUAAGCAUUCAAAACAACAAAAAAUAUUUGGUGAAACAUUUAGGAAAUUUUACUAAACAGAAAGAAUAUUUUUCAAGAAUCUAAGGAAUUCAUAGAAAGUGGAAGUGUAAAGCCCAAGAUUCUGCCGCGCUGUUCACUCCUAAAAUUACAUUUUUGGCGACGUUUAUUUAAUUUCGGCAUGGUUUUUGUCGAAUUAUUGUAGAUCUACAAACGAUUGCUUUUUCUUGCAGAUGAUUGUUGGUUUGCAUGUUCAUUUAGAGGCAAAAUUACCCAUACGUUUUGAUGGUUUACAAAAUUGCCGUAAAAAGCAUCCGCCAUCUUGACUUUUGAUCCAAUGUUGCUGGCAUAGAAUAAAGAUCCAUAUAGAAGGGCCACUUACGUCGUAAGCUUUGAAGUUUCUGUCCUCGCGCAUGUCGCAUUACGCAUGUUGGCCGCCAUAUUCCUAGUCAGUCAAUGACAUUUUCUGGCCAAUAAACACGCUGUACUAGCUGGCUGCUCCGCCUUCUGACCAGUAAACUGCAUAUUUUUGCAUAAAAAAAACGAGGACACGUUGCACCGCUGAGUCGCCCUUCUUUUACUGAUCUUUAUUCUGUGAUUGCUGGCGCCAUUACAUGAAUUAUUCCUAUUUGUGACCCACCAAUCCGAAAACUUACAGUUAUUCCUAAAAAUGGCAAGGAGAUCAAAUUAUAGAUCGCUACACCUUAAAAUAAUCGGGCAAAUAUACUCGAAAUAUUUUAAAAACUAUACGCUACAAUGUUGCUACAUUCUUACAAAUUUUCAAAUUUGCCAAAAAAAUACGAAGUGAAUUCAGACACUAGGAUUAUUAUACUUAAAUUGGUAUAGUAUUACCAGGGCCAUAUGCAGGAUUUUCUCACGGGGGGGGGGUAAUAAUAUCUAUAUGUUGACAGAAUAAUACAUUCAUUGAUUCGCAAAGAUAAUAAGCGCCAUUUUGUUUAAUAACUUAAAAUAACAUUAUAAAAUUAGUAAAAUAAAAAGAAGGCUGUCAUAAAACCUAUUGAUAAGACACGACCGAUGCAUCAUUCCAAUGGGCCAAUAGGUUAACCAUAACGUUGGUCCUACACUAGACAAUUUUAAUAACCUUAAUAAGUAAACCCUUAUAUUAAAUUUUUGAUACCUACUGUGUUAGCUGUGGAAAAAUGUGGAACACACAACUACUGCGCUUUUUCAGGACACCCUGAAUGUAGUUUGAUAACGUGUCACACAGAUGAAGUAUUGAACAGUGCAAUACUUUGGUCAGUACAUAUUUUAAAUCUUCCGGUCGAUCUAAGCUACAUGUGUUAUGAUUCAAGAUUUUAUCUCGACGCACAACGCUUCACUGAUUUGCAUGUAUGCGCAGUUCAGACUAUAUGGACGCCAUUGUACCUUUUAAUUAAUAGAUUGCGCAACCCACAUGGGCACUGUAUUGGUGUUUAACACAGUAAAAUAUGUAGAUUUGUUUCAGUUGUGUCAGCUUCCUACUCGCUUUUCUUCCGUUUUAAGUUUUAACUAUAUGUCACGUUAUACUCCCAAAGUAUAAACAAUUCAUGAACAAAACAAGAACGAAAUCAUCCUUGGUCCCAGGGCCUCAUGCACGGAAUGUCAGCCGUGAGGCCCUGGGACAGAGGAUGGAACGAAAUCGAUGCCCAUUGUCGGUGGUCAUUGAUGAAUGAUGCGUAAAAUGUUUUGUGCAUUUUCUUCUUCGUUGCUCACAGACAAUGGAUCGUAGAACGUCGCCGAUCAAUGUGAACCAGGCUAUACAUGUCGUAAUAAAAAGGAUAAUAAAAAUUCACUUUACACGCUGGUAACAUUCGGAAAAUUUUCUCCCAGAACAGCAGAUUCAGUUUUCAGCGACCUUUCGAUAAAAAAUUGAAAGGUUUGCGUUCUACGUACACAAAGCUGUCAAUUUUGUGUGAGAUGUUCGCUGAAAAGUUAAAACUUUCGGGUCGUAUAGAAUUGAGUUUCCAUUGACAGUAUUGUCUACUGACUCAUUUUUUGAAAAGCAUUAUAGUAUCAUACAGUCACUUGAGGUCAACUUUUUAUAGUUAUAUUGAUUUCAAAUUUAAAUAUUAAACAAAUUUUCUUACUAUGUUGUCGUGUCUGAAUAAUGGUACUUUUCUUUUUAAAGGUGAUUAAAGCAGCAAAUUGA